AUGAUCAAGAUCUACAAUUCUACUCGAAUAUUACAAUCGAUCGCCCAGUUGGGGAAUUAUCUGUAAGUUUGUUUAUUUAUUUUACUAAAUUAUUGUAGACUAGGUAGUUUAUUUGUUUUUGUAUUCACUUAUAGUUGAACCGUAUUAAAUCGUAUUAUUUACGCGUCCGUAUGCCUUGAUCAACAAAUCAAAGCGAAACCGGUCAAGACGAACAUGUAGACCAGGAUGCAAGCGCUCGGUCACGAAACCCAAACCUGACUCUUGAUCACGAAGGAAUUCGAUACGAAAGGUCUCAGCAAUUAAGAAGAAAUCGCUCAGCUGCUAAAGGUGUUGUUACUAAAAAGAUUAAAGAAUUGACCGAACUGACAACAAGUGUAAUAGACGCCAGCGAAGCUCGAAUAAAGGCUCAAGAAUUCAAGAACGUAGCAGUGAAAUUUUACCUCGCUCACACCGAUUAUCAUGUAACGAUCAUGGACGAGUAUGAUUUACAAGACUCCGAAGAAUAUUUUCAUAACGAAACUCAAAGAAUCGAAGCUUUUAAGCGAACACUAGCGGACUGGAUUCAUAGUUUGUCAAACCCAAACCCGUCGCCAUUGGAGUGUGAAAUCAAUUCAAACGACUCAAUAAGCAAUGUUUGCUCCAAAACUCGGUCACGUCGGAGUGCCAAAGGCUCGGUAUCAAGUUCUCGACGAUCCCGGGUUAGCUCGUCGGCGAAAAGUGCAAUGGCGGCAGCAGCAGCAAAAAAGGCUAUGUUAACAGUACGAGCGGCCGCGUUAGAUAAAUACAAAGCUCUCGAAGAAGAAGAACUUCGCAUACAGCACGAAAUAGCAGCGCUAAAUCAACGACAAGAGGAACAAAGACUGCGUUGUCAACAGAGGAAAAAGGAACUAGAACUUGAGACAGAAAUCGCAAAAGCCGACGCAGAGGAAAGAGCGUAUGCUGGAACUUUACUUCGGGACGAGCCACAACCAACGACGUUCGAUGGUCUUACAAUAGACACUGGAGUGCAGGGAGACCAAAAAUCAACUCAAGUCAAAUCGUCUAUUCAUAGUGCGAAGCAAAGAGGAGAAACCAAAAAAGAUGAUGCUUCUGACGACUCAGAGACGGCAGAAAACUUCCUGCGAGAGAUGGUAAAUGUACAACAGCUCCAGCUGAAUCAAAAUCAACAGAUGUUUGAAUCACAGCAAUAUCGGGAUCAAUACAUGCAACAACUAUUGAAUCAACAAUAUCGACUGGCUACAUCCAUGACAUUACCGAAUGUUGAAGUUCCGACCUUUAGCGGUGACCCAAUAGAAUAUUGCCACUUUAUACGAUCGUUCGAGACACUUGUUGAAGACAAGACGAUGAACAGUGGCGCAAGGCUUCAUUACCUGAUUCAAUAUACGUCUGGAGAUGUCCAGGAAUUGAUGCGAAGCUGUUUAACGAUGAAAUCAGAAGACGGCUACCGAAAGGCAAGAUCGCUCCUUAAACAGAGAUACGGGCAAAAUUACAGAAUAGCAACUGCUUACAUAGAUCGAAUUGUGAACUCACCACCUAUCAAAGACGAAGAUGGAACAGCACUUCAUAAGUUUUCUAUUCUGAUUACAAGUUGCAAGAACACCUUAGAAGAUACUGGAUACAAGCACAAACUUGAGAAUCCAGACAAUUUGCAAAGGGUUGUGAAUAGGCUACCGUUUUCCCUUAGAAGAUCGUGGCGUGACGUCGCCGACGACAUAACAAGCAACCAGUCGAGGGACAUUACGUUUGAAGAUCUUGCUAAGUUCGUAGAGAAGAAGGCUAGAGCCCUGACGCACCCAGUGUUUGGCAAAAUAAUCAACGACCAGAAUCCCAAGUUCAAGUUACCCAGGAACAAACUUUCCUUCGGGGUGGACGGCGAAGCAAAUUCAAAGAAGACAGAGACGUCCACUGGAAGCGCACAUGUGUUUAAUAUAGAAGCGAAGAAGUACAAAUGUCCAAGGUGUAACGGUGACCAUCUGCUGCCUCGUUGCGAGAGAUUCAAACGUGACACGGUCAAAGAAAGAGUUAACUUA